AUGGUAGCACAUAAGGAUAAGACGGCGAUCCACCGUGGAAGUGGAGAGCGUCAGGGGGCGAUGGGUCGCAUGAAGCACAAUGGUGGCUCCUUGAAUGAAAGGCAAGAUUUGGAAGGCUCGAAGCAUGGGGGAAUUGGCGGCCAACCAGAGGGCUUGCAAGUCGACAUCAAGGUUGAAGAUGGGCGCAAGGCAAGGAAGCACAAGAGGGGCUACUCUCCCUCCCCCAGCGUGAAGAAGAUGAAGACAGGAGAGCAGGAGGAAGAGGAGGCUGCAGAUCCGAUCCUGGACAAACUCGGCAGGAAGCUGUACACCAACCUGAUCGCAGAGAUGCGAGUGAAGGAGGAGGAGCUAGAGGGAUCACUAGCAAGGGAGGCUGACCUCCACUACAAGCUCUCCGUGAGCACGCGGGAGCUGAAGACGUACAGGAACAUGGCCGACGAGCUGUCGGAGGCCAUGGAGUGCAGCAUCUGCCUCGAGCGACCGGCCCGGUUCGCGUUCAACCCGUGCGGGCAUUGCUUCUGCUGCCAUGAGAGCUGUGGGUCGUUCCAGGUGCGGAAGUGCCCGGAGUGCAGGGUAACAAAGAAGGGAAAGCUACACCUCUACGGAGUCUUCACCGCCAUCUCCUCUGUCCUCGAACGGUUCACCUCGCUACGGGAGUCUGAGGGGACGGCUGAGGAGGAGGGGGAGCCGAAAAAAUCGCACGAUGCGGUGCGGGUGCGGGUCGUGGAGUCGGAGAUGGAGUCGCUGAGAUACGAGCUGGGCGCGUACAAGGAGGAGGCAGGCAGGCUGCAUGCAGAGUUGACGCAGGCGGAGGAGCAGGUGCAGAGCUUGAUGCUCCAGCUGGAGCAGAGCAGGUGGGCUGAAGAUGACGUGAGGCAGCAGCUGGAGGCAGUGAAGGAGGAGAAGACUUGGUGCGAGAAGGAGAUGAAGGAAACGAGAAAGACUUUCAAUGAGGCGAAGAAGGAGAUGGAGGCGGUUGCGAAGCAGGUGGAGAUGUGGCGCAAGGAGCACCUGGAGAAGUUUGAAGAGUGGGAGGUGGAGAGGAGGGAGAGAGAGAAAGCGGACGAGGAGAGGGCAAAGCGGGAAGAGGAGAGGAGGAAGGGGGAGGAAGAGGAAAGGAAGAAGGAAGAGCAAGAGAGGAAGAAGAAAGAGGAGGAGAGGGAGAAGGAAGAGCAAGAGAGGAAGAAGAAAGAGGAGGAGAGGAAGAAGGAGCAGGUGGAGCUGAUGAAGGAUGUCAAGGGUGAAGUGGACUUGAUGAGGGAGGAGCUCAGGCAAUGCCAUGACGACCUGCAGUCGGAGCUACAGGCGCUGACUCUCAAUGACACGAUCAAGCAAAAAUGCGUCAAGUGGCUGAGGGACGAACUGACUACGGCCAACAAGGAGAGGGACGAGGCAUGCAAGGAGCUCUCGGAGCGAGUGGAGGCGGAGAAAAGGUUCAGAGCGCUCCUGGAGGUUGCUUGCAAGGCGGCUGAGAGGGACAGGGAGCGGGUCAAGGAGCUGGAGCACGCGCAAGAGGCGAUCAUCAUGUGCAUGCAAGACAUGGAGAAUCGUGUGGAAGGGCUGAAAGUGGUCAUCAACGACCUGGACCUCUUCCUCCCUCACUACCGCGAAGAGAGCAACAGGAAAGAUGCUGCUGCUUCUACCUCCAGCGCUCGAAGGAGAGGAGACAGCUGCAUCAUCUUCCGCAGCAUGGACCCUCGGCUGCAGAUCGGCAGCUCGCAGCAGAGGGCGCGGCGGAUAGACCUGAGCACCUACAGGAGCAGGAUGACUUCAGCUUUCAGUGCUCAGAAAGCCGAUAUCCCUCCUGUCCUCCCACAUACUACGUGA